AUGAAUUCGCGUGGAGUGAACUACUGGGCCUGUUUGGCACUGGCCAUCAUCGGUGUACAGUGUGUGGCUGCGCAAAGCAAUCCCUGGCGGCGUCAGAACGACAGCUUCGCCACCGAAUCGGCCAGCGAUCGGAGCCAACGUCUGGGUCUGACGACCGGUUACGGUGGUGUGAAUGGCUACGGGUACUCCGGGACCGGGAUCGGUUCCUACACUCCGCUCAAGAUCGACCUGGGUGGCGUCGUGCUGGGGACACUGGUCGGAAUCGGGGCACUGUUGCUGCUACCGAAGCUGGUGAACGUGAUCGGUGGGGGAUACGGAGGCAGUGGCCACUACCGCAGCGCCGACAGCGAUCCGACCGGUAUCUCGGAGCUGAUGAACAAGGUGGACGAUUAUCUGGCCCAGAACAACAUCGAUUCGGGUGCGUGCAUGCAGAAGGGUGUCUGCAGCUACCUCCGAUCCUCGGAGUACCACGCGCAGGUCGGUACGGCCGACCAGGCUGAGCACAUGAUUCUGGCGCUAUCCGAGAACUCCAUCGUCGACUACAUGCUCGACGGUACGGCCAUCAAGGAGGCGAUCAAGAAUGGCAAGAUGCAAACGGCUCGAACCUGUGACGAAAUGUACCCGACCUGUCCGCUCGAUCGUCAGUCGACUUUGAAGCUGUUCAAGAAGAUGUUCCCCAUCGGGAACUAG